AUGGGUUCUACGCUUAAGCACAAGGUAACAGAAGAUGAUAACAAACUUGGGGUAGGCAAAAUAUUCCCAGGUUUGCCUCCAGGAGCUAUAAGCAAUGCUGAUCUUUAUGCAGCGAAUAAGGAGCUUUAUCUGGGUUCUUUAUGUGAAGUUGAUGAUAAGCCAUAUCCAUGGCAGUUUUGGAUGGUUAUGCUUAAAAAUGGUAACUAUGACACAAAGUCUGGUUUGUGUCCUCAGAAUGGGAAAAAGGUACCCCCUUUUAGUUCAGGAGGGUUUCCUUGCUUUGGAACUGGGUGUAUGAAUCAACCCAUAUUGUAUCAUGAGCAAACUAAGCUUAUAGAUGGUGGUACUUUGAGAGGAAGUUUCAAUGGGACUUAUGAUUUGGGCGCUGAAAUUGGAAGUGGACUUGGCGGAAUCUCUUUCUAUGAGGUAGUUUGGGAGAAAAAAGUUGGUGCUGGAAGUUGGGUCUUCAGCCAUAAGCUCAAAACCUCAAAGAAGUACCCAUGGCUUAUGCUGUAUCUCAGAGCUGAUGCAACCAGAGGAUUUUCUGGAGGGUGUCACUAUGAAACAAGAGGCAUGCUCAAAAUUCUUCCAGAGUCACCCAAUUUCAAGGUUAAAGUGACGUUGGAUGUCAAGCAAGGUGGAGGACCCAAGAGCCAGUUCUAUUUGAUAGAUAUUGGCAGCUGUUGGAAGAACAAUGGCGAUCCUUGUGAUGGAGAUGUGCUCACUGAUGUGACCAGAUAUAGUGAGAUGAUCAUCAAUCCUGCAACUCCUGCAUGGUGUGGUCCCAACAGUCAAGGGAACUGCCCACCAUAUCACAUUACCCCAAACAACAAAAAAAUUUACAGGAAUGAUACAGCCAACUUCCCGUAUGGGGCUUAUCACUACUAUUGUGCUCCAGGAAAUGCCAAAUUUUUGGAGAAACCAGUCAGCACUUGUGAUCCUUAUAGCAAUCCUCAGGCGCAGGAGAUAGUUCAGUUGCUGCCUCAUCCCAUAUGGGCUCAAUAUGGCUAUCCAACAAAACAAGGCGAUGGUUGGAUUGGGGAUGCACGAACUUGGGAGCUUGAUGUUGGUGGAUUGUCUAGUAGAUUGUACUUCUAUCAGGAUCCAGGUACCCCUCCUGCUAGAAGAAUUUGGACAUCCAUUGAUAUGGGUACUGAAAUUUUCGUCAGCGACAAUGAAGAAGUGGCAGAGUGGGAUCUUAGUAACUUCGAUGUCAUUCUCACAUAGUAAAUUUAAACCUUUUUGUUCUAGCUUUUCUUCAUCUUCCACAUAUUUAUUGAAGUCAACAAAGGGCAGAGGAAUUGAUAAAAAUUCAUCAUCUGUGAUGCUUGCUAAAUUGCUAAUAUAAGAGUGCUGGGUUUGGAGUUGCCAAACAAGUCCACAAGGACAGGCGACCUCAUCCCGAAGACACAGUUAUGUAAUCUCAUUUUGUUCUCAAAUGUAAAACGAAUUUUUGAGUUUUCAUACCGAAAACUGGAAGAAAUGAAUAAACUUUGUUCA